AGCCUACAACAAAGUAACGACAAGAUGAAAAACUCAUUAUCGUAGGAAGAAAGAACAAAAGAUUCACCCACCAAAGGAGUUUGCUCCAAAUUUUAGAAAAAAUAAACCCAAAAGCUUGGAAUUGAGUAGGAUACAGACAGGCAUAUCAGCACAAACUGCAGAUUUUGUCUCUCUUUUCAGGAAGUGCGUGCCGGAAGAUACACACACGCACAAACCCACUGACUGUGUGUGCGGCUGAGGGAGAUAGAUGGCUGAUGAUUUGCCUUGCUGCGAUACCAAGUUUUUUCUGUAUGUGAUUGUAAUCAUAGGGCUGGUGCUGUUUGCUGGGAUGAUGGCUGGUCUCACUCUUGGCCUCAUGUCUCUUGGCCUUGUCGACCUCGAGGUUAUCAGCAAAUCAGGCCGCCCCCAAGAUCGCAAACAUGCUUCUAAAAUACUUCCAGUGGUGAAAAAUCAACACCUCUUGCUUUGCACACUCUUGAUUGGAAACUCUUUAGCAAUGGAGUCACUUCCCAUAUUCUUGGACAAGCUCGUGCCCCCUUGGGCUGCAAUCCUGGUAUCAGUCACACUCAUCCUCAUGUUUGGCGAGAUAUUACCUCAAGCAAUUUGUACACGUUAUGGGUUAACAGCUGGAGCAACUGCGGCGCCCUUUGUCCAACUUCUUCUUUGGGUGUUCUUCCCUAUUGCAUAUCCAAUUAGUAAGAUCCUUGACUGGAUGUUGGGCAAGGGGCAUGCUGCUCUACUGCGCAGAGCCGAGCUGAAAACUUUUGUUGAUUUCCAUGGCAACGAGGCUGGGAAAGGAGGGGAUUUGACACAUGAUGAGACGACAAUAAUAGCCGGGGCACUGGAAUUGACUGCGAAGACUGCCAAGGAUGCCAUGACGCCUAUAGCAAAGGCAUUCUCCAUUGAUCUCGAUGGAACUCUUAAUUUGGAGACGUUGAAUGCUAUAAUGACGAUGGGCCACAGUCGAGUUCCUGUGUACUAUAACAACCAAAAUAAUAUCAUUGGCCUCAUCUUGGUUAAAAACCUCCUUGCAGUCGACCCUGAUGAUUCAGUUCCUCUAAGGAAAAUGUUAAUCAGAAAAAUUCCUCGAGUCUCAGAAGACAUGCCCCUUUAUGAUAUUCUGAAUGAAUUCCAAAAGGGUCACAGCCACAUCGCUGUUGUGUAUAGGGAUUCAAAAGAUACACUCCAGAAAACCAAAGAAGAGAAUCAUAUAUUUGCAAUAAAAACUGUCACCCAUGAUGCCGACUCAGUCAUGAACAAGUCUGACGAUCAAGUCAAGAAAAGCCCUCCAGCGACUCCUGCUUUCAAGAAGAGGCACAAAGGCUGUUCCUUUUGUAUUUUAGAUUUAGAAACCUCACCAAUCCCCGAGUUUCCACCCGAUCAAGAAGUAGUUGGUGUCAUCUCCAUGGAAGAUGUGAUUGAAGAGCUUCUUCAGGAGGAGAUACUUGACGAAACAGACGAGUAUGUAAACAUACACAAUAGGAUAAAAAUAAACAUGAAUGCUGCUUCUCAGGAUAAGACUCCUGAUUCCAACUCUAUUCAAUCUACAACUCCGGUUUGAAGCUGUUGUCCGAUUCAACGGGUGCUGCGCAUUAACACAUUGUAGUAUAUAAGCUCAUAUAGUUGCCAAAGACAGCUUAUAUAAGUCUUAUAUGUUGAGAACAACUAGAAAAAGGAAUCUGAAUUAUAGUGCAUGUGGAUGAAUAAUUAAUUAAUUGUGUGUGAAAUAUGGGUUUAAACUUGUCUGUAUCAGUAUAUGGUUUGGCUAGGCUAUAUGUAUGCAUAAUUGUAUACUAAUUAAACCAUUCUCUUUCUUGAAAGAGAAUAAUAAUCGAUUCCAGAAAAUUCAAGUAAUAAUUCAGAUUUACAUGUUU